CCUCAACUAAACUAUCUGAUGAUCUUUAUAUUCGACACUUCAUUGUGUUUCUUUUUUCAUCCGUUUCCUCACUCUUUCACUGUAUCUCUGAGACACUCUUCACUUUGAUGUUCCACUCGUUUUUCUGAGACAGUGUUGUCGAGUUGCAGUAAACCCCUCCUUGUAUGAUGGAGAAGAUCAAGCACAGUGAGGUGGAAGUGAAGGGACUGAAGCUACACGUGGCAGAGAUUGGAACUGGGUCCAAGGCAGUGCUAUUCUUACAUGGAUUCCCAGAGAUCUGGUACACGUGGAGGCACCAGAUGAUUGCUGUGGCAAACGCUGGUUAUAGGGCUAUUGCCUUUGAUUUCAGAGGCUAUGGACUCUCUCAGCAACCAGCUGAGCCAGAAAAGGAAACCAUGUUUGAUUUAGUUCAUGAAAUUGUGGGUCUUUUGGAUGCUUUAAGCAUCACCAAGGCUUUUCUAGUUGGUAAGGACUUUGGUGCUAUCCCAGGACAUCUUACAACUGUAGUGCACCCAGAAAGAGUUGCUGGUAUCAUAAGUUUAGGCAUUCCUUUUAUGCUUCCAGGUCCCUCUGCAGUGGAGGGUCACCUUCUGCUCCCCAAAGGGUUUUAUAUUACUAGGUGGCGGGAGCCUGGGAGGGCAGAAGCAGAUUUUGGCCGCUUUCCUGUGAAAUCUGUGAUAAGAAACAUCUACACUCUCUUCUCCAAAAGUGAGAUUCCAAUUGCUGCUGAUGAUCAAGAAAUCAUGGACUUGUUUGAUCCAUCUACUCCCUUACCUCCAUGGUUCUCUGAGGAAGAUCUUGAAACCUAUGCAUCUUUAUAUGAAAAAUCUGGAUUCAGAUAUGCAUUGCAGGUUCCUUAUAGGAGUAUCAAUGCGGAUGCUGGCUUAAGUGAUGUAAAAGUUACUGUUCCAUCACUUCUGAUUGUUGGUGAGAAAGAUUAUGUGCUCAAGUUUCCAGGCAUGGAGGACUAUGUUCGAAGUGGGGCAGUGAAAAGCUUUGUUCCUGACUUGGAAAUCACAUAUAUUCCAGAAGGAAACCAUUUUGUGCAUGAACAAAUGCCAGAGAAGGUGAACCAGCUCAUCAUUGAGUUCCUUGACAAACAAAGUGUCUAAUAAAGUUUGCUUUCAGGCUAAAAGCAAUUUCCAUGAGUUUGUUGCAAUAUCUAGGAGAAUAAUAAAGUUUGAUUACGUUAUUGUUCUUUGUAUCCCUUGCACCUUGUGUUGUGGUAAAUUAUUUGACAUGUUAUGAGAGGGUCUAUUUGAUAACGGGUGUAAAAGAAUUUCUGUGAUGUGGAAAUUUCAGGACUCUUCGAAUGGUGUUUAAUAUGACAAACAUGGUAAUAUUCUGUUCUUAAA